AUGGCCCGUAGUCCCUCGCCGCGUUCUUCCCACUCCCCUCCCACCGCCCCAGUCCCGCUCCCGGUUUUGCCCUUGGCACGUGUCAAGGAGACAAGCGCUUGUGCUAGACCGAUUGCCUCCGUCUGCCUUGCUGUUGAUCACCAACGUCCCAGUCAAUCCGAUUCCCACCGCGGAAACCACUCCGCCUCGAAACGUCGUCGCAUUUCGCGCAGAUCAUCCAAACCUUUUCCUCCCCCGCACCCUUCUCCUCAUCCACAUCCUUCUUCACCACACACCCCUAGCACAGACAUCCACCCGACUGACUCCUCAUCCUCCUCCCUUCCUUGUCCUCCCCCCCAAAACCCUGCAAGCAUUUCUGUCAAAUCUGCUCCAGCACAUGAUAACCCAUUCCGUCCCCAUUUCGGUCGUCCUACAUUGAAUCCGCGGGGAAACCGAGAUUCCUCGCUCACUGUUGUCACCGAAAUAAUUGAUCUUCUCCUUGACGUCGCUUGCGUGGUUCAAGAAAUCUGUCCAAAACCCCUAAAGAGUCAAACUGAUCAUGCUGUGCUUGCCGACAACACCAACGUAAAUGAUCUUGCGCCGACUAAGCUUUCGUCUCAACUCGAAUCGCAGCAAGCAACUAGUCGCGUGCGCCUGGAAUUUGUAUCACCAGUGGAAGAAAAGUUGAUGGCUUCGUUGACAUACACGCUCCCCUCGCUUGCAGGACCGUCCAUCGAAGAACCCAAAGUGGUCGGCUCUACUCCCCAAGGCAAGCCAGCUGAUGAAACAACUACGCCUGCUCCGCCUCGAGUUGGUGACUUAGAGUUGGAAUUUCGUUCCCCGAGAGAAACUUUUGCAUCCAAAUUUGACGAUAGAGAUUCUACUGAUGAGCUAGGUCCAGAGCUCGUCCGUUUGAGUCAUCUCAUGCAGACAAAGAAGUGUGAAUCAAGUGUAGACCGUGCUCAUGUAGUGAACAAGGUUCAGGCCGAGCUCCUCGUACAAGAAACUCAAGCUAGCCUAGCUGCCGAGGAGACCCACAUUCUAGCUCGUCUUAAAGAAAUCGCCAAUAUCAAACGGGCGGAAAAAGCACAGGCGGUCAUCCCGAGACGUAGGGAAACUGAUCGUCGUCGUUCUUCGAAGAGAUCACGAAGUACGUCUCGAACAAGAGAACCGGGACCAUCGGAACCAACGGGGCCAACGUCUUCUCGACCGCGUCGAAAGUCCAAGUCCUCUCGAAGAGUCAUCAUCAUAUCAGAUGAUGAGGAUGAUGACAAUGAUAGAGACGAGGACUUCCUUGAGAUCCCCGAGACAAUCUCUAGUGAGGACAAGGGCGAUAGUAGUAUCGAAUUUGUUCCAGAGCCUGAGAAGGAUGAUGAAGUCGUAGAGGUUGUGCAUGCUGCUAAUUUGGAUGACGACGGAUUUCUAGAAAUUCCUCCCAAACAAGAGCUCAGCACUGACGCACCUGUGCCUGAGAACUUUUCCGCUGCCACGACACCUUCUGGGGAUGUUGGAAACCCGUCUGAGGCAGUGCAGUCUCCUGUUGGGAUAUUUCCGGGAGAGACAGAGAGCAGCUCCGACGGGGGCACGGUUACAUCGCCCCUUCCCCAGUUAAAAGUGUCAUCUCCUCGAAAAGGCGAUUUGGGCCCACCGAAUACGACGAUUGAGUCGGGCUUGAAAGCUGAUGCUGGUUCCAUGACGCAAAACGGCAAGACUUGUGGAUAAACGUCCUUUAAAGGUCUCGAAGAGGUAUGGUCUUAAAGUAGCGCAUUUGACGCCUUCAUCGUUAGGGAUCUUUGCCUUUGCAUUAUUCCAGAGUAAAAUUGUGACUUGGUGUUGUUCGACAUGCAAUUUUUGUA